AUGGCCGCCACAUCCAAUGGUGCAGCUCCUGCUGCCAAUGGCGCAGAAGAUGGCCCGAGCGAGUUCAAGCUCAAGUUCUGCACCGUUUGUGCUAGUAACCAGAACCGCUCCAUGGAAGCCCAUCUGCGAUUGUCCCAAGCCAACUACCCCGUAAUCUCCUUUGGUACGGGCUCGCUUGUGCGUCUCCCCGGACCGACCAUCACCCAGCCCAACGUAUACCAGUUCAACAAGACGUCAUACGAUAGCAUGUACAAAGAGCUCGAUUCCAAGGACUCAAGGCUGUAUAAAAACAAUGGAAUCCUAAAUAUGCUCUCGAGAAACCGCGGAGUCAAGUGGGGGCCAGAGCGCUGGCAGGACUGGGCCAUCGGCGUUCCACGACUCAAGCACACGACUGACCGUGGCAGCGAGGGCAGCGAGGGUGGUGUCGUCGACGUCGUCUUUACCUGCGAGGAGCGCUGCUGGGACGCUGUUGUGGACGACCUCAUGAAUCGAGGGUCGCCCCUGAACCGACCCGUUCAUAUUAUCAAUGUGGAAAUCAAGGAUAACCAUGAAGAGGCGCACAUCGGUGGCCAGGGCAUCUUGGAUCUCGCCAACUCGCUCAACGCCGCUGCCAAGGAGGAGCGCGAGGCCGCCGGAGCCAACGCCUUUGACAUGGGCGGUGCCGCGAGCCGUGCCGCGUUUGAUGAGCGCGUGCCAGACAUUCUUGCCGCAUGGCAGGAGAGAUGGCCCAAUCUACCAUGUACAUGGACCUUGGCCUGGUUUUAG